UUUAAAUAAUCAGUUAGAUAUGUCAAACAAUAGAAGUAAUGUAUAGUGAAAUAAAUUAGAUUAUUCACCAUCAAGAGAGAGAGUAGCAAAAAUAAGUUCUUAAUUAAGUUAAAUGGAUUUAACAAUAGAAGGAGAGAGAGUAAUAUAAAUAAUAAAUAUAUAGACUAAAAGAAUAGAGGAAUCAGAGACAAGAUUAGAUUAAUUGGAAUCUGGAUUGAAUGAAUUGAAUGAAUAAUUAAGUUAAAGAGUAGCCUUGAUAAAAGAUAGUGUAUUGAAAUUAUAGAAAGUGUUGGAUUAAACAAAAUUAUAAAGAGAAUAACAUUUCGAAUAGAAAUAAAAGGAAUAUAUAGAUUUAGAGAAUUCAUUCAAUUAGGCAGUUGAAGGAUUGACAUCAACAAGAAAAGAUGGAGAAUAAAAGAUUAUAAGAUUUAUUGAAGANAUAUGUAUUUUAGAAUUUUUCAAGAGAAUAAGACAUGUUAAUUAGUAAUAGAGAUGAAAUUUCUAAUUAAUUAAAUACAUUGAUGUAAUUGCAUAAUCAAAUUCUUUAAAAUGAUUUAAAAAAGAAAAUAGUUCAUCUAGAAGAAGAACCUGAUGCUUCUCCUCUGCAGAAUCUUUAUUAGAUGAAUUAAUAAAUUCAAGAAUCAAUGAAUCAAUAGCUAUCUUUAAUCAGACAAGAAUUGAAUGAACAAAAAUAAAUUAAUUUAGAUCUCUUACAGGUUUUGAACGGAGAAUAGCUACAAACACAAAGAAAAAUGGUUUCAACAGAGAUGCAAUAAUAGAUAGAAUAACAAUAAUAAUUGUAAUAAUAAUCAAAUUCUUAAAUUCAAUUCCAAAACUACACUUGCCAAAAUCUAAAUGAAAAUUUGGAAAGCGAGGAAAGCAACAUUCUGAUCCAAAAAUAUAAUAAUUAAAAUGCUAACCUAUAAAUAUAAAAAGAUUUUAAUUAACUUUUUGAAAAGCAUAAGAAAUAGUAUUUAUUAAAUAAUAUCUUAGAUUAUUUAAACCAAAAUAAAAACUAUAUUUGAAAUAAACUAAGGCAACGGCAGAAAAAAGGAAAAGGUCCAUAGAUGCCGCAUAAUCUAAAUCAAAAUCUAAGUCAAAAGAGAAGGAGAAUUUUAUAUUGAAAGAUAAAGAAAAAAAGAAAACUCCCAUAUCAUUUGAGGAAACAUACAAAAGACACAUCCAAGAUCAAUUAAAAAAACUUAAUUUUAUUGUAGAAAAAUCUUUAAAUUAUAAGUGA